ACUCUUCGAACAUUUUUCUAAAGUUGGCGAGAUAAAUUGCCCCGUCUUCGAAACCAAACUACAGUUUGGCGUCGUAAAAAAUUCAUGCGAACAGAAGACACGGAAGGAAGAAAAAAAGAGAGUAAGAAAGAGAUGUGGCUGUUUCAAGAAAAUGUUUCUUUUUGUGACCAAAGCAUUGUUGUUGAACACGAAAAAGAGAAAGACAGGUGGCAAUUUUCAGGACUUCCUUCCCCCCUUUCUCUUAUACCUCUACAUGAUAACUGGAGUAUUGAUUCGUAUACAUUCCUUGAAACUACAUAUUCUCUCCAUUCAGCUUCUUCUUCUUCAAAGACAUUCUAUCAAGAGCGAAACAUUUUUGGCGUGACCAUAAAUGCAAAGAACUGGAAUGAUUCAUGUUCAAAUGCUCUGAAUUCUCCUACUUAAGAGUGCAACACUUUUCUUUUCAAUAAAAGAAUCCAAAAGUAACUUGUUGUGAACAUCAAAAAGUGGAUCCAAGAAACUCUAUAAUUCCUUAUACUAAGUUCGUGAUGUGGUGGUUGGAUGCAUGUGGGAGUUAGUUGCAGGAUGCGCAAGCGCAGGGUGGUCGUCUUCUCCAUCGCUUGCUGCCUCCCCGCCCUAUUCCUUCUCUAUUUGGCAUCCUCUGAUGAAGAUAUGGGAACUGACAACUUUUUGGGUUUCACUCGACGUGAGGCGAAACUGGCUGAAAGAGUGCGAGAAGUGGAAGAACAGAAUCAACUUCUGCGAAGGCAGCUCAGCAUAUCUCAAAACCACCUGCUUAGCGUGAUGUCAGAGACGCAACAGAACGACUCUCAGACGGUCCGGGGAGGAGAGGAAGAGAGCCAGAAGAGUAGCGUUGUGUGUGUCAACCAGGAACCAGAAGUGCCCAAGUGUGAAGUGAUUCACAUAGCCAUUGUGUGUGCGGGAUAUAAUUCCAGUCGAUCCGUCGUUACCCUCAUCAAAAGCAUUCUUUUCUACCGAAAGAACCCACUACAUUUCCAUUUCAUAGCAGAUUCUGUGGCGCAGCUCAUCUUACAGACAUUGGUCUCCACCUGGAAUGUACCUGGAGUUGAUGUAAGUUUCUAUUUGGCUGACAAUCUUCAAACAGAAGUUUCAUGGAUUCCUAAUAAACAUUAUUCUGGAGUGUAUGGUCUAAUGAAACUUGUUCUACCCAGGGCUUUACCAGAGUAUUUAGAAAAAGUUAUUGUUUUAGAUACUGAUGUUACAUUUGCUACUGAUAUUGCUGAAUUAUGGCGUAUUUUUAGGAAGCUUUCUGCCAAACAGGCUAUUGGACUUGUUGAAAAUCAAAGCGAUUGGUAUUUAGGAAAAUUAUGGAAAAAUCAUAGACCCUGGCCUGCAUUGGGUCGAGGGUUCAACACUGGUGUUAUCUUACUUCAUUUACAAAAGCUGCGUGACAUUGCAUGGAUGCAAAUGUGGCGAUUAAUAGCAGAAAAAGAACUACUAAGCAUGUUAUCUACGUCUUUAGCAGAUCAAGAUAUUUUUAAUGCAGUUUUAAAACAGCAUCCCUACCUCAUUUAUAAGUUGCCGUGUCAAUGGAAUGUUCAAUUAAGCGACAACACUCUAAGUGAAAUUUGCUACACAGAAGUCCAAGAUUUAAAGGUUAUCCACUGGAAUUCUCCAAAGAAAUUAAAAGUUAAAAAUAAACAUGUAGAGUUUUUUAGAAAUUUAUAUUUAACGUUUUUGGAAUAUGAUGGAAAUUUAUUAAGAAGAGAACUAAUUGGCUGCAACAAUAGUAAAGUGACACAUGUCCAAGAAGCUUUGAAUGCAAUAGAUGAGGAUGAUUCUUGCUAUGAAUUUAGAAGAGCUCGUGUUGUGAAGCAUCGUACACACCUUUACUACAUAGAAUAUGAUUAUGAACCAACACCUGAAGGCAAUGACGUCACGCUUGUUGCCCAGCUGUCAAUGGAUCGCCUUCAAAUGGUGGAGGCUCUCUGUAAACACUGGGAAGGUCCAAUAAGUUUAGCUCUGUAUAUGUCAGAUUCUGAAGUGCAGCAAUUUCUCAGCUAUACUCUCAGUUCAGAAAUCCUCAGCAGUCGGAAGAAUCUCGGCUAUCACAUCGUAUACAGGGAUGGACCAUUCUACCCGGUCAACUUACUACGGAAUGUGGCUCUGCAACAGGUCACAACCCCUUUUGUCUUUCUGACUGACAUAGAUUUCCUGCCCAUGUAUGGACUCUAUGAGUACCUCAAGAAGUCGGUGGCUUCCAUGGGAUUAGAAUCAUCUACAAAAGCUCUUAUAGUCCCUGCUUUUGAAACGCAAAGGUAUCGUUUGACAUUCCCAAAAUCAAAAGCUGAGUUACUUUCCAUGCUGGACAUGGGGACGCUUUUCACUUUUAGAUAUCAUGUGUGGACCAGAGGACAUGCACCCACUAACUAUGCCAAGUGGAGGACUGCCACAACGCCAUAUCGAGUUCAGUGGGAACUGGAUUUUGAGCCAUACAUUGUUGUUAGAAGAGAUGUUCCUGAAUAUGAUCGUAGAUUUGUGGGAUUUGGCUGGAACAAAGUCUCGCACAUCAUGGAGUUAUACGCCCAAGGUUAUGAGUUUGUAGUGCUUCCAAAUGCAUUCAUUGUACACAUGCCUCACGCACCAAGUUUUGAUAUUGCUAAAUUCAGAUCAAGUUCCCAAUAUAGAAAGUGUUUAAAAGUGUUAAAAACAGAAUUUGUUAGAGAUAUAUCGCGACGUUAUGGAAAACAAUUUUCAGCAGAGAAAAAGAAACUUUCCAGGAGAUAACAGUUGUUUGUUAUGUUUGUUGAUAUUAUGCACACAAGUUGUCUAUUUCUGAUCUCCAAGAAGUGUCAUUUGCACACAAGUUGAAGAGAGAGAGUAACAUAAAUAUAUAUUGAAUGUUUUGAAUAUCCAUUUUUAUAUAAAGACAUUUUAUAUUAAUGAAUUAUCAACGUUUAGAGUUUUUUUAUAAAUCUCUAUAAAAAUUUUUAUUUAUUUUUAAUGUAUAUAAAAUAAACUUUUAAUGCACUGUAACUUAUACAUUUCUGUAUUCAGUAAGUUAUUUAAAAAUGUGUUCAAUUAUUUAAUUUAAUUUACUUAAUCUUUCUAUUCUCUUUCAAUUUUAGUUUUCCACUUUACAACGGACUUCAAAAAAUUUUAAGUCAAAAAGCCCAAAUUCUAUGUAAUAAAGUUAAUUUUAAUUGUCAUAUCUAUUUAUUGUAAUGUAAAUAUAUAUGUGGUUAUUUAUCUUUUUCAUAGCAAGUUUAAUGAUGUCACGAUUUAUAAGCAGAAGAUUUGCAUAUUUUUUAUGUUCAUGAUGUGAUAUAAAUUUAUUUUUUAUUUUGCCCCAAUGUGUUACGGUUAUAAUAUAAGCAAAAAAAAUUCACAUUUUAUGUUAAAAU